AUGGUUGCAGAAAUACUCAGGUUUUUGAUGCGUUUCUCACGGUCACUGUUUUCGUUUUCUUACAAAAGAUGGAACGAACAGGCUACAGAAUUUCUCCAAACGAAAGCUGGUAGACGGUUACGGAUAGGGCUGCUUGCUGGUACUAUUGUAGCGUAUCCCAUUGCUACAUUGCUCACAAAUGGUCCGCUUGUCAAUUUCACUUUCCCACGUAGAUUUGCAGUAGAGGAUCUCCCACCUAGGCUGAAGAAGAUUGCCGAGGAGGAGUAUGCUCGUUUUCUUGAUAAUGAAGCUCGUAUACCGAAAGACGCAGUAGUUACGCAGCACAUCGGGAAGAACAUAAGUGACUACGAAACGGUUGCUGCUGGCUCGCUCGGAGUUCGUACGGGUCUGCAUGUUGCCGUGCCAUUCCAUGCUCGCUUCAAAAAUGCGGAAGAGGCAUUAGACUACUUCAGAACCCACAACAUCGAUCUUCUCGACUACCUUGGUGUAAAAGUGCCCAUAGAUUGGGACAGUCCAUUAGGAAAAGAUCUAGCUGCUUCUUAUGGUUUGUCGGAUAACGCUCUUCGCUUCAUGUUUUUGCGAGACUUGCAUGCGUAUGACGGAUAUGCCUCAUUAGCUCAACGAGCCAUAUCUUGGACAACAUGGACUUCAUUUACGAGCAUUUUUACGUACUGGCUACAUAGUUCCGCGAAAAUUGGUGGGGGAACUGCCACGUCAUUUCUCGUCAUCUAUUCGUUGUUCGUCGCUGCCGCUUGGUUUUCCAAUAAACAAUGGUACUAUCUGUAUAGGUAUAUAACUGAUGUUCACGCUGAUAGUGUCGCUGCAAGAACAUCGUUUGAUCAUUGCGAAGGUGGAAAAGAAUUAUACUGGAAGCAGUUGAAACGAAAUAGGCUCAUUCGAGACCUUUGUCCCGAAGUGAGACCAAAGAUAACACCCUCCGGUGACAUUCGAGGAUUGCCUACCUCUAUAAUCGUAAGAUAUGAUCACUUGAAGGAUCUAAAUGCAGAAGAUGAUGAGCUGAAGGAAGUUAUUGGUGGAGAUGACUAA